UGACGUUCAAGAGGAUUUGCUAUUGAAAGACUUGCCGUUUCAUCUGACUGGACAACUGGUGUUUGACGUAAGCUUACAUCAUCAAAUUGCAGGCAUUUUACUGGACGAGCUCAUUAAAAGGGUUGUCGUGUAGUUCUUCGUAACCGUUUCCUGGCAUCGCAGACAAAGAAAUGUCCUUUUCCUGAUACGACAAUCAAAGAGAGCGGCUGGACAAAGAAAGUAGUGUCAAGAAUGAAGAUAGUCGUCCUCAUUGUUGUUUGUGUCAUGUGGUCAACAACAGACUCACAGCUGAUCCACGAGAUUCUGCGGCGAUCAGCAGGUCUAGGAAAUCUCCAAAUGGCGAUGACGGAACUAGGUGAUACUGACAAGGACGGGACACUGUCGGGUGAAGAGAUCCAGGAUUUCUUUAGGUAUUUUGUAAACCUCAGUCCUGCAAACUCCCUGUUAACGGCUCGACAGUUCAUAAAAGACGGCGACUUCAAUGGAGAUGGCAAAUUGAAUGAAACAGAACUCCAAACAGCACUGCGGAUUUACAGAGGGUCAGCAUGAGUUUCACCUGUUCCAUUUGAUGUGUAUUAAAUGUGCUGGC